AUGUCGUCUGACAUAAACCUUGAUGAUAGUGACGAUCAAUUAUUAAUGGAAAUUGAACAUCAGGCAAUUGUGCGCGCACUCUCCCUCUCUUUUCAACAACUUUGCGUGCGCAUUAUUUUAAUAGAGUGGGGGUACAGAGUUUACAUUAAAGGGGAGUUGCCUGCGCAGUUUUCAAGUGGGGGUAAUAUAGAGCGGGAGUUGAGGAAGAGUGGGGUUGCAGAGUUAAAAUGCGGGUUCCAGUUCCAGAGAGAUCAUUUCUGUCCUAGAUUUCCAACAUCAGCAGCAGCAGCAUCAGCACUAGCAGCAUCAGCACUAGCAGCAUCAGCACUAGCAGCAUCAGCACUAGCAGCAUCAGCACUAGCAGCAUCAGCACUAGCAGCAUCAGCACUAGCAGCAUCAGCACUAGCAGCAUCAGCACUAGCAGCAUCAGCACUAGCAGCAUCAGCACUAGCAGCAUCAGCACUAGCAGCAUCAGCACUAGCAGCAUCAGCACUAGCAGCAUCAGCACUAGCAGCAUCAGCACUAGCAGCAUCAGCACUAGCAGCAUCAGCACUAGCAGCAUCAGCACUAGCAGCAUCAGCACUAGCAGCAUCAGCACUAGCAGCAUCAGCACUAGCAGCAUCAGCACUAGCAGCAUCAGCACUAGCAGCAUCAGCACUAGCAGCAUCAGCACUAGCAGCAUCAGCACUAGCAGCAUCAGCACUAGCAGCAUCAGCACUAGCAGCAGUAGAGACAUUUUUUCGAUAUAAAAAAAACUAUGGAUUUACAAAAACUUAACGCUGUUGGCCGUAUGGAAAGCUUCCUACCUACCAAACCGCUAGCUGAAUUGACUCCAAAUGGGUUGUAUGCAGUGACUAAAAUAAAG